AGGACGUGACGUCAAUUUUCUGUGCCGUGUGAAGGCGUUUGUUUUACUGGAGCGAGACGUUAGACGUGUCCUCAAUAUAAAGAUGCCUCUGCCUCCAGCUCUCCUGGCUCGUCUAGCCAAGAGAGGAAUCGUUAAACAGUCGGACCAUGAAACCGAAGAGGAAAUCAUCGCUGAAGACUAUGACGACAACAACGUAGAUUACGAAGCCACAAGGCUUGAAAAUUUACCGAACAACUGGUACAAAGUAUUUGACCCCAACUGUGGUCUUCCAUACUACUGGAAUGUGGAGACAGACCUGGUGUCCUGGCUGUCCCCCAAUGACCCUACAGCCAUCAUUACUAAGGCUGUUAAGAAGCAGAGAGUGGAGAUCAUAGAUGACAGGGGGGAUGUCCACCACGAGAAGAUGGACAGAGAGCGGGAGCGUGACAGGGAGCGGGAGAGAGACCGGGACCGGGACAAUGGACGUGACGGUGGACGGGACCGAGACCGACGAAUGAGGAGAGAGGACAUGGGCCCAUACAACAAAUCAAAGCGAGGUGGAAGCCGGAAGCAGCAGCAGGAGGAGAUGGAUCCUAUGGAUCCCAGUGCGUAUUCAGACGCUCCGAGGGGUUCAUGGUCCACUGGCCUGCCCAAGCGGAACGAGGCCAAAACAGGGGCAGACACCACAGCAGCGGGGCCCCUCUUUCAGCAGAGGCCAUACCCAAGCCCCGGAGCCGUGCUCAGGGCCAACGCUGAGCACACCAGGCGCCUGGAAGAGAAGGACGAAGACGACUGAACAGGAAUGCAGUGCCCAUAGAGCCUUCAUCACCACCUAAGGAGUGAUGACCAUUAAUAACAUGCGGGAGUAGGAAAACCACAUGCGCAAUUACAGUGACCAUGGCUCAGGUCUGGUUGAACAGUGCACCUCACCCUUGUGUGUGCUGAUGGAGCCGCCAGAUGGUGUUUGGAACACAUUUCGGUGAAUAAACAAGACAGAUGUUUUUCCUACCUGGUACCCUUGUGGCCCCAUUUUGUUUUAAAACCAUUUGCCAUGCACAGGAAAAAAGCAACAGGUGAGUAGUGUCAUUGUCUUUCAGCAUGGCAGCAAGAGCAAAGAAGGACAAAGUCCUUGAUUGAUUAGAUUUGGGUCAGAGGUCAAAUCUGCAGGAAAGUAGGUCUCUGGGUAGAGGGUUUGUGGCUGCUGGUCCACACUCUUUAUGCCUGUAGUCAUCUGUUGGCCUUGCCUAAGAGCAUCCACUUAAUUUAGACUUGUUGAUUUAAAUUUUGUGUAUCAGAUGAGAUUUAAACCCCUGGGUUAGGUUAGAAAAGAUUACUGUCAUUAUUUAAAGGACUGAAUGAAACCAAUCUAGUAUGAUGCUUUGCAGUGGUUCAAUUUUUUAAAAAAGGUUCUAUGGGCUUUUUGCUGUCUAGUAAGGUUCUACACUUUUAAUGGCAACUAUCCCCAUGCCCUCUGACCGAGUCUUUUGUAUGCCAGUUUGAUAUUUGUAAAUAUGCCCGUGUAUUAUAGAUUGUGUAGCCUGGAGUCAUUGGAGUGCUUUUUUUUAACUGAACCAAUUGAAAGACACCAGUGUAAAAUGUAAAUGCUUAAUUUCUUGGCAAAUUAAAUCAGUUUGUUUACGUAAAGUCCA